AUGAGCAAAGCUACUGUGUACAUUGAAGAAAUGGACAGUGUGGCUGACAUCGCCGUCCCAGCUAUUCCACAGGUUGUCUCACUCCUGAUGCCUGAAAAUAUCAAUGACACUUUGACUCAAUACUGUUGUCUUGUCAAUGCUCCCAGUAGCCUCGACAGAGUGACCAGCCCCAUGCGUGAAGUAGAUUCCAACACAUUUUUCACCAGCGCCAAACUCAUCAACUUAGACUCAAUCGACUUCCAGGCAGGUUCCAGGGUGCAGUGUGCUGCUCGGAGUUUCACUGUCUCUGGUGAAGAUAGUCUGGAGCUUCUUAGCCCCAUCAGUACAAUCAGCAAAGGACAUGGGAUGCUCCCUGUCAUCUCAACUCAACCACUGUCCAAUUUUGAGUUGACCUUAAGCUCAGAUGGCACCCAAGUUGGUAACCAUCGAUGUUCCAAGCUGUUAGAUCACAAUGAAGUCUCCACCAAUUAUGCCUUCAUCAAUGAUGCCAGAAAGAACCCCUGGGUGAUUGGAGAAACAUCUCCAUAUCAAUACAGCACUGCUCUGCGUUCUGCACGCACCCUUGGGUCAGGGGCUACUCAGGUGAAACUACUCUCACGCAGCUCAGCACCAAACCAGGAAUACAAUAUGCCAAUUGUCUGCAAUCCACAAGAACCCAUUAUGUUUGAUCUAGGUAUUCGCUUCCAACAGUCUAUGAGUGACCCUGUGGCUGCUGAGUUUAGCCUGAAUACCCAGAUGAGCCUGCUGUCAAAGAGAGAGCUUUGGCUGUCUGAUGGUUCAAUGGGAUUUGGAGAGGGAACAGAUGUUGCAUUUUCUGAAGGUUCACUCAUUUAUUGACGCAUCAUGGUGGGCCCAGUUCAAAACUUCGGAGAUUCUUUCAUCUGCAAUAUUGAGAAAGUUUUCUUAUGCCCAAAUACUGGUGCUGAUGGUUAUGUUCCCAAAUACAGUCCAACAAAUCAUGAAUUUGGUUGUCUGGCUGACUCCUUAUCUUUAUUGUGUAGGUUUAAGAUUCUGGACAAAGCUCAGCCUGAGCCCCAAGUUCCAGCCUUUGGUGAUGUCACUUCAGAUGCCAGGCUGGUUAUUGACGUGUCAGAUGAAUUAUCACUUGUGAAACAGCCAGGGUCUAAUGGUUUCAGCUUCACUUCUGUUCCACUUUUCCAGGUGACAGUUUGA